AACCCAAGUCCCUAUUUCUCCUUUGUCUCAUUUUUCGUUCGAAACGUUACCCCUUAUUGUCUCAUUAUAAUUUCUUUUGCUGUCUGAGGUUCCCGAAGCUUGCGUACCCACUGCGCCUCGGUUUCGGUCUCCGUCUUUUGGUGAAAGCUUUCAAUUCUCCAAGUCCCAAUGGCGUCCGGGAUGUACGAUGCAGGCCCCUCUUCGUCGGCGCCUCUAUCUUACCCAACCAGUCGUCGUCCUCCGGGCUCUGGCCCUCUGUCAUACGAGCGGCCUCUUUCACGUCGACGGUCACCUUCACCGCACCGGCUUUAUGGGAAUGAUACUCCAGUCUUUCAUUCCAAUUAUCCGAAUGUCUAUCGACCUAAUUACUGGCCGGAUCGUGUAUCUAUAUAUGACAGUUUAUCAUCGAGUCCGGACCGCUAUGAGCGUUCGCGCGAAGCCGACGUCGACCCGAGGGAUCGAUCUGGAGGUUGGGGGCCUCAUUCAGAACCACACUGGGAGGGCAGUUCAUCUUUUCGGAGGGAGCCUAUAUUAGCUGCUACUCGAAUGUUUGAGCCGUCAGAAACUUGGAAAAGAAAUCAUGACGAUCGUGCGGCGCCAUUUGUGAAGUACAAUCUGGCGAUCCCGGCCAUCGACAAACUCCCAGACAGAUCCGGAAGAGACAUUGUCGAAGAACGAUCCAUUCGAAAUGAUCGACUCCUCAGAGAUGACGAUCGACAUUAUCGACCGUCUCAGAGCUUUGCAGCAGAGGCUAAUGGAAGGUCCGGAUAUAAUUCAUAUAGACCAUCGUACGAUAGAGACUCCUCUUCCUCGCAAGUGCGGAAAAGGUCCGUUUCAGUUGUAAAUGACGGGCGAAAUGGGCGCUCUAGCUCUACCCGGUCGUCAUCUCGGGAUAGUCGUACCCAGUCUCGAUCUUCCUCUCGAGACCGCUCUCAACGUCGAUCGAGUUCGAGGUCACGCCUACCUAUUCGUCCACGAAUACCUACACGAACCACAUUACGUUCACGAUCUAUCUCUUCAUCCCGCUCACAGCGUCGAACAAGAUCGGGGGUCCUCCAGUCUCGUGGUCGUAGGCUAUCUGUCACAGAACAGAUACCGCGGCGUUCUUACUCACGCCAGAGGCCCUCAGGUUCACGAUCCCGCUCACGGUCGUAUUCUGACUUUCGUUCUCGCUCCCGCUCGCCUGAGGAUAAGUCUCGCCGACGUAGCUCGAGCCGAGGGAGAUCCCUUUCUCGCCAUCGCAAGCAGACUACUCCAGACCGUGUUUACGAACCAAAGAAUGAAAGACGAUCUUGGUCUCGAUCUUCUAUUGCUUCCUCCCGUGCUUCGUCUCCCCCUCCACCGAUCACAACCGCAGUAGAAAGCUGUGUUGAUGCGCAAAAGUUUGCGCCUGAUAUGCAGAAAAUUGAACAAUCAAUGGAAGAGGAACCUAUCAUUAAACCUCCUCCUUCGCCUGGGCCGACGGUUCCCGAGGAACAGGUUCUGGCGGAAGUGAUCUCAACACCAAAGAAAUUGUUCAAGCUCAGAUUAAUGAGAUAGAAGAUGGCCAACAAGAGCUUGUCACAGAUUCGAUCUCACUAGGUUUCGCACAUCUGCCGUCACCCCCAGUCUCCGAAGCAAAGGAAAGUUAUCCGGAGAAAGAUGAAAUUUUACCAGC